CGGGGCUGCCGGAAGCGGAGGCGCCCGGGCGUCCCAUUGAAAGCGCCUCCAUGCCGUCGCGCUGCUGCGCGCCCCGGGCAGUGACGUUUCAUGAGUCAGACUGGGUUGUUGGGAGUUUCUUCUGAAGAUGUACAUGUUGGUUGAAAACCGUACAAGUUCCCAUCUUCAUCUGAAGAGGUCACCUGGCAUCCGAUCUUGGUCUCUCUUUGUUGGAAUAGCCUCCAUAGGUUUGGCUGCUGCUUAUUAUAGUGCAGACAGCUUGGCAUGGAAGCUCUUCUAUAUGGCUGGGUGUUUCUUUGUGGCAGCACAGAAUCUGGAGCAGUGGGAGGAAGCUGUAUUUGAUAAGAGCAAGGGAACAGUCUGCCUGAAAACAUUCAAUCUUUACAAAAAAAUACUGACCUUCUCAAAAGGAGGCAAUGAACAAGUAGUGGCUCUUUUGAAUGAGAUCCGAGAUGUGAACGUGGAAGAGGAGACUGUGCGAUAUUUUGGGAAGGGUUACCUGGUUGUGCUACGAUUUGUCACUGGAUUUUCACACCCACUGACUCAGAGUGCGGUGUUGGGCUGUAGAAGUGAUGUGGAGGCAGUUGCCAAACUCAUUACUAGUUUUCUGGAACUGGACAGAGUAGAGAGCCAACAAGAUCUCUCUCAGAGCAGCGAAACAGAGGCUAGUGAUGCAGAUGAACCACAGGAUAAAUAUUAAUAGUCAUCGUGAGCUGAAGAAAGCAGAGGCUUUCAAACAUCUGGAAAAUAUACUGAUUGUUCUUCAGAGAAAGAAAUUCCUCACAAUCUUGGCCAUGGCAUUUCUCUACAUGUGCACUUACAAUGGGACGAAUCUGUCUUGGGGCACUUUUUUAGUGCUAAACUGCUUCAAGAUCCAUGCUUCCAGUCUUGCUGUUGUAGAGUCCAAAGCAAAUUCUGUUUUAUUUGUUCCUUUGCCUCAGUUCAUGCAUGUGGACACUGCUGGCUUUUGAACUUCUCAGCUCAUCAAACAUGUCUAGGAAUAGUUAUUUAUUAAUUCAUGGGUUUGAAGUAAUUUAUUGCUUUCCCAUUAAUGAACUGGAGAUACAGAUGUAAACUUGCACUUAUUGCAAACAUCUGCUGCAGGUACAGUAUAUGAAAUGUAGAAGAGCUGAAUUUGUAACUCGUAACACAAUGCUUUGAGGUUUUUCUUGAAAUGUUAUAAAUGACGGAAUAUAUUGCUAAAUUGGGUUUAAGCAGCUUAAUAUAUGCAAUUAGGUGAUGCUGAAUAGUGGCAUUUUUAUAUUCUCUACUACUGACUUGACAUUAGAUACCAGUGGAAAUUAAAGUUUGAGUGACUGUUUUGGAAUUGGAACCAUCAGGUUGAUCAGCUUGUUACACUGUCUUACUUCUCUUGGACUUACCAAGGAGCCAUAAAUAGUAAACAAAAAAUGAUCACGUUGACAAUUCAACAUCUUUGCAGUGUUCUAGCUUAAUCCUGUUCUGCUUAACUUCUGGGCAUAGGCUACCCCAAGAUAGAAUAACCUUUUUGUAGAUGUCAACAUUUACUAUUUUAACUGUGUAUUUAGAAAAGAAGAAAAGCACAUGUGUUUCUUUAGGUAGGGAAAAAAAUAAUGUCAAACAACAUGGUAGUCUGGAUUUAUUUAGUAUUUCCUCACUUGAAAUGAUACCGAAGUGCUAAAUAAUAAAUUUUUUUUAAGAUAGCUGGGAUAGAUCCAAUGUUUGACUUGUGCAUGUUUUACUCCAGGUGUGUACUGUCUUUGUUCUGACCAAUGGUUUCACAAAUAGUUAAAAUAUGAAUUUUCCAAUAUAUUUUUUGAAGUAAAAGCUACCUCUGUUAGUCAACAUGUUCUGUCUAGAACUAAAACUUCAUCAUGCCUAUAUCAACAUGUCAGUGUAAGAAAAAAGUUGUAAAGAGCUGAAAGUUCCUCCAACAAGCUCCUGCUUGUAUUAAAGUUCACUAGGUUUAAUUUAGGAAUUUUAUGGUCUUAAGACCUGAAUUAGAAAAUACUUGCACAGUUACUUCUAGGACAUCUGAACAGGGUACAAGGUAACUGUGUGGUCUGCUUUCACAUUUGGCCAGCAGCAAAUGUCUUCUGGCAGCGGUUUCUUCAGGACUGAAAAGAACCUGCAUUCUUGUUUCAAAGCACUCUACCUCUACAGAAGAGAAAGCUAUGAAAAGAUUUUGGCAGAAGCUAUAUCCUGUUGUGUGUUCCAGCUAUAUCUGAAACUAAGCACAUGCUUAUCUGACCAAAGAACAGGUGGUACCAAGAUUUUACUUCCAGCUGUUUAGACCUAGUAUGUGCGCUGUGAGGCAAAGAUGCUCUUACUGUCAGUUUGAAAGGGUAAUCAGACUGUAACAGGGAGAUAGCUGUUGAUGCAGCUUGACUGCAGCACAGAAGUGGGUCUGUUUCUAUUAAAUAAGAAACUUGUAAUCACAUCAGCAAUUAAAGCAGACCUCUGCCAAUAGACAUGCUUGUGAAGUCCUCUGAGUUGGUGGGCUAAUUGUGUGGCUUUCAAUCUCUCUACCCCACGUCACUGGAAUUGAGAAGCUGCUGUGUACAAAUGUGGGAAAAUUAGGUUGCAGGCAAUUAGCUAAAUUUGGCCUUUAUUCUGAAGCACAGCUGUAAGCUAAGAAUAAUCAUCAAACCUGUUUAAAAAAAAAAAUUGCAGGGUGUAACACUUUGGAGAGUUCUUCAUUUAAAUCCACUGUAAUAUAUACCCUAGGUGACACUCAUUUUAGAGAGAGGAGAAUGAGAUUGGGAAUUGGGAGAACUCUUUUUUUACCCUGCUGUGUAAAAUGAGAGUGUCGAGUGUUCUAAGGACUUACAGUAAGAAAUACUGAAAAAACUAGAGUAUUUAGUGGUAUAAAGUAAGCAGAAGGGCUCUACCUGCAGAUAACUGUUGCUUCAUAGCAAAGAUGUUAAGAGGGAGUAUGUGGUACGGAUGUGCAUUGCACUUACAGUCUAAGCCCAUGGAUUUGACCGUGGAUGAAAUGGACAAAACUACCUGCAUUCCAUUUUAGCCAUACUGGGUUUCUUUUGUAUUUCCAUGAGAGCUAACAUUCCGUGGAAGACGCAAACCACACUGUGGUUUUCCAGUCAAAAAUCAGCUUUAGAAAGGUACGUCUAUUGAUCUAACCCUACACUGCAUCAUGUGCCCUGCUUCUGCUGACCUCUUUUGUACGUGUGGCUGGCUGUAUGUGCUUGAUGUUAGUAAUGUGUAUGCUUAUGGACUAUGCAAUAUCAUUAUACAAAGACUAAAACAAUGUAAGGAAAAUGGAGAAUCCCUAGAAAGAGGAAUGACCUAUAGUAAGAUAUAGCUUGAAAUACAUUCUGUGGAAUAAGUUGCAUUUUGAGUUGAUGUCCAAUGAUCGUAGCUUUUAAGAUGUUCUGUAGUGUCCCCCCUCACACCUCAGUAUCCUACUGAUGGUAGACAGGAGAGGAUGACUGCUGGCAUGCACUGUGUGUCUAGCAGGAGUAUUUUGACUCCUCAGUCUUUCACUUGGAACAGCUGAUGUAAUGCUCUCCUGUGCCAUUUCCAUUUUGCAUUUGGCAGCUCUGUCGCCAUACAAACUAGAACAGUUUCAAAUGGGAACCCAAGUUCUGUAGACUGAGCUGAUGUGAAGGGGGACCGAGUAGAUUCUCCAAAUGCUGUGGGUUCUGCCUGCGGGCCGUAUGUUGGGCACUGCUGACUGAUGCAUACAACUGGAAGCUUGUGAUACCGAUCGACAGUGCUGGUCAAGAAUGUCUUAACUUGGCAAUUGGAUGCCAUACAUGAACGUGUAUCACAGGCUGAUGUGUAUUUCUCUUGAUCUAAGUUUUGAGCUUCCUGUCUUCAAAAACUUUGUCUCUUGUACUUGGGAGACAGAUCAAGAUUUUCAUGUUUUGCAGUAACUGUAUGCAUGGAAAAUUAACUUGCAAAUUGCUGUUAACAUGGAUUUGGCUACAGCAAUGUCUGUGGACUCCUCAGCAAUGUGAUGCAGCUUGAAGAAACUUUUAGAACAGCAGGUGCUAACUCAGGAGAGGUUCUGUUCUUCCCUCUUUCCACUAGUCCUCUCUCUGAUCCUCUUUUCCUGCCACUUUUCACCAUUUUACUGAAGGCUUUUUCAAAUGGUUUUCCUCACUUCUCUUGGGCCUAGCAUGUUGAAAGGCCCAGUAAAAGUAGCCUUAUGUGUCCCUGAUGUAAAAAGUGGCUUGUACUAAAAGGAAUGAUGUGAAAGACUAGUUUUGGUUAGGAAAUUAGAUAGUCCUAGAGGAGUAUUACAGAUGUAUUUGUUAAAGUUUUUGCAUCUCAGGCUGUCUAGUAACUUGAGACUAGACAGCUGUAGUUUGACUUACAAGUGAUUUGAAAACCUGCAUAAAAGACCUUAAGUUAGAUCUAACCCCACUGCUCCAUAAAGCCAACACUUUCUAUUAUGUCCUUUUAAUAUAACUGUAUCAUAAGUGCCAUUUGGCAGAUGCUUCAGCUUAAACUUGAGUAGCACAUCUGAAGUUACUUCCGUGUAUGUGGCUGGAUGGGAACAUAGCCUUAGCUGUCAUACUGAACAAAAGCAAGGCUGUCUGGUGUACAAAGGGAGAAAAUUGCAUCAUCUAAGCUAUAAUCUAGUAUUCUGUUAUUUCACAAAAUGAGAUAUUCCGGUAAAUAGAAUCAAUUGUGCAAGUCUUGAAGAAAAUCCAAAUAUUUAUACCAUAUAGCUGAGACUUGACUCUUGUGCUGUAUUUAUGAAGUUACACAGAUACCAAAAACUACUCCGGCUUACAUAGUAAAGAGCGCUAGUUCUGACACUAGUAGAUUGCUGAGAGGCAAAAGUA